CACCAACUGAACAUACCCCACGUGAUAACAAAAUACACAACACGCUGUAAACGAGAAUACAAUUUUAUUUUUCCCCAGAAAAUCUACAAAAAUGUUAAAUAAAUUAAAGUUUAAUAACUUGGUAAUAUCCAACAAAAAGGGCAUACAACAGUCACGCAUACAAACCAUUAAUAAACUCGUGCAUAAAAUACGUAAACUAAAGACCCUGUUGGAAAAACAUCCAGAUAAUACGAAAUGUAAGGAACGUAUAAGAAAAUCAACCGAAACAAUGGAAUUGUUAAAGAAACUCAAAAGAGUGGAUAUUAUGAAGAACGUUUUACUCAUGGAUAAACCGGCGCCAGCUGUUAUAACCAAUGGCUUAGCUACACCCGAAGAGGUGGGAAUAGCGUUGCUGUGUAUGAACAAAGUUAUGCUGGGUUUGAUCAAAAGAUUCAAAACGGAAUUACAGCUAAAUGAAGCUGAAAAUAGUGAGUGGAAAGAAGCUUUGAUGGAAUCCAGCAAACGCAAGCAAAAAAUCGAAAGAACUGAAGAGAAACGUCGCAAGCGUUUGGAAAUGAAACAACAAAAGGCCAUGGGACGUAAACGGGAGGAAUGGUUAGAAGGCAACAAACAGGAUAACGAAGAUGACGAAGUUUCCGAAGAUAAAGAGUUGGAUGUAUCAACUACAAGUGGCUGGCAGGUAGAUGAAUUAUCGAAUGACAAUGUUACAACAGAAGCUGAUGAAGAAAUUGAAAAGAAAUCCAAUAAGCCAUUAAAGAGACCAAUAAAAGAAAAACCUUUAGAAAAGAAAACUCCCCAACCCCCUAAAAAACAAAAGGUCGUCAUUGAAAAUAUCAAGGAAACUACAAAGUUAAAUGAAUCUUCCGCUGAAGAAAGUGAGUGUGAUGAAAUAACUGAAGAAAUAAAACCAGUCAAGGUAGAUAAACCUAAAAUUGUUGACAUACAUCAAAAUGAAAGUCCGCAAGAUGCAGAAGAAGAGCCGGAGGAAGAAAUAGCAGUAGAGGAAGAAAUGGUAGUAGAUCCUUUCUUUAUAACAGAUACCGGCGAGAACUAUCUGUCUACAGCAGUAAUUAAAAGAGAUCAAAAUGCUGAGCAUGAAAAUAAUGAAGAAAAAAGAGACCUGCAUAUGAUAAAGCUUAAUAAAUACGAUAAAAGACCAACUGACUUUAAAGAUCGUCGUCAACAGGGCCGCGAUAACAAUCAAAGAGAUUUUACACAAAAUAGACCACAAAACAAUAACAGAUGGAAUAGUGGAGAUGGAAGAGAGCAACAAAAUAGAUGGAAUAAUAAACAAACUAAUGACAGAGACAAAUUCUCACAAAACAAAUGGAAUGAUAGGAAAAAUAAUGAAACCAGAGACCAAGAUUUCAAACAUAACAAAUCUGCAAAUAACAGCGAUGAACAAAAGCUACAUCCAUCUUGGGCGGCCAAACAAAAGCUUAAACCUGUUAUAACAGGAUUCCAAGGUAAAAAGAUCACAUUUGGAGAUGAUGACAGCAGUAAUCAAACUCAACAACAAACACAAUAUAAAACUAAUAAACCGGCAGCACCAAAGCCUAGCAAAUCGGAGCAGGAAUCUCUACAUCCUUCCUGGGCCGCUAAACAAAAACUAAAACCUACUAUAACGGCCUUCCAGGGCAAGAAAAUUACCUUUGGCAAUGAUGAGUAAUAAAAACUUUGUGAUUUCUCUUUUUUAAACAAAACAAA